AUUUCCCGUCUGGCGGUGCAGUUCUCAGGCGGCUGAAAGCAAGCGUCAUUACACGCCUCCGACAAGGAAGGGCGCAUCCCGGAUAGGAUAGCGAGCUAGCUGGCUAGCUCAACGCUGCAUCACCAUGACAGUUAACCUCAGCAAAAACGGCACCGCUUUAACAGCGGCGUAUAAAGAAGUCGUUAAUGAAAAAUCCGACACCAACUGGGCUUUGUUCACCUAUGAGGGAAACAGUAAUGACAUCCGCCUGGCAGAUAAGGGAGACGGAGGGCUGGAGGAGCUGGUGGAGGAGCUAAACAGUGGAAAAAUAAUGUACGCUUUCUGCCGGGUCCAGGAUCCAAACUCUGGUCUGCCUAAAUAUGUCCUCAUCAAUUGGACUGGGGAAGGAGUGAAUGAUUCCAGGAAAGGACUUUGUGCGAAUCAUGUGAGCUCCAUGGCAAAUUUUCUUAAGGGGGCCCACGUCACAGUAAACGCCCGUGCCGAAGAGGAUGUAGAACCUGAGGUGAUCAUGCAGAAGGUGGCCAAAGCCUCAGGAGCCAACUACAGUUUCCACAAAGAAGCCUCCAGCCGCUUCCAGGACAGCGGCCCUCAGGGUCCCGUGGGUUCUGUUUACCAGAAGACCAACGCUAUGUCAGAAAUCAGGAAGACCAACAAGGAUACAUUCUGGGCACAGGCAGAGAAAGAGGAGGAGAGACGUCGCUUGGAGGAGAGGCGCAAGGCGGAGGAGGAGCGCCAGCACCUGGAGAGAGAGCGUAAAGACCGGGAAGUCAAGGAGACAGUACAGAGGGACAAACGGGACAAAGAGAGGGCUGUUCAAAUUGAGCAACAGAAGAAGUACCAGCAGAAGCAGGAGGCGGAGAGCCGAGAGCAACAGAAACAACGCAGGGAGGAGCAGGAAGAGAACCAGGCAGACCAGAAGAACGCAGUCAGACGAGAUGAAUCAGGGGAAAAAGCCAAUGAGGCAGCCUCUCUCAUCUCUCAGCGAGCUAUGAACCCCAGAGAGAUGUUCAAGCAGAGAGAGAGGGGAAUAACUCCCGAUGAGUCAAAUGUGCCCUCUGGUGCCCCCGCGAGCGCCCAACCAGGGCGUCUGCAAAGCCCUUUUCUUUCUAAGCAAACGUACCAACCUGAGCAGGCCAGCUCUCCUCAGCGCCAAGCUUCCCCUGUGCCGGCAGGCUCCGCGUCCCCUGUCCAUGCUGCAGAACCAGAUGUGGAUGAUGGACAGUCCAGGUGUGAGUAUGACGCGCAGGAGGCGGCCCCUGAGUUUGAAGCACAGGAGGCGGCUCCUAAAUAUGAAGCACAGGGGGCGGCCCCUGAGUAUGAAGCGCAGGAGGCGGCCCCUGAGGAGCACUUGAAAGAGGAGAUGCCAGCUGCCACUGUCUGUGCAGAGGACCCUGUAUAUGAAGAGCCUGCUCAGGUUGAAGAGAACAACUCCGAGGUGACUGCUAACGAGUCGUCCGAGAAAAGCAUCUCUGCUCGGGCCUUGUACGACUACCAGGCUGCCGACGACACUGAGAUUUCCUUCGAUCCCGAUGAUAUCAUCACAGGGAUCGAGAUGAUAGACGAGGGAUGGUGGAGAGGUUACGGCCCCGACGGCCAUUUUGGAAUGUUCCCAGCCAACUAUGUGGAGCUGGUGUAAGCCUGCACACGUCUCUAGAUCACACAGGGAAGUUCCCGCAUGACGGACCAACGAAUGGACAGCAAACUUGGGCCAGAACAUUUCAAAUCGAUGAUCAUUUCAAGCCAGCUCCAUGUACGUGUUUUAAAAAAGGUAAACGACCCCUUAUCACUUUACCUCUAAAUGUGACUAGAGCCUUUUUUUGAUACCUGAAACAAUUGUCAGCAUAAACUGUUUUUCUGGUCCUCAUCCCAUUCAAAGUGACUUAUCGGUCAGGUAUUAUUUUAUUCUUGUCGUAGCAACAUCAGCAUCUCCUGUGUGAUCCAGGAAAACAUAUUCAAAGAUGGCGGUACUAAUUGAACUUAAUUCUAUAUAUUUUGUUUAUUGUUGAUUUUUUUUUUCUCACAAGACCAAAUGUCCCUUUGAUGUGACUGACCUUAUAUCAUGUAUGCAUUUCAAACUGUUUCAGACUGGUUGAAGUGAAUAUUUAAAGAGAAAAAAAAAUCACAUUUUAUGCUCUCCUUUGGGUGGUUGACUGUUUUGACGUGAGGUGGUGCUGACUGAAUACCUAAUUACCUUGGUAUGCGCGUGUCCUUUCCUUUCAAUCAUCUUUUCUUAGAUGAGCUAUGAGACGAAAAUGUUUAAAUCAGGAUGUUUUUUCAUGCACUUAAGCCUAAAUUAUUCAUCCAAAUUUUGAGUUAAAGUGAAUUAUAUUUGUUUGAUAUCUUGCUUUUUUUAAAACCACAUUCUCAAUACAGACCUAAUCAAUGUCCUGGAGAAAAAGUAUGCUAGAAGUUACCAGGAUCAUUUUAAAAUACAUUUUGAAGAUGCAAAAAGUGUUUUUUUUUCCACAUUUCAACUUCGUACAUCUAAGAGAUACCUGUUCAUAUAAUUUAAAAAAAUCACUUUAACCCUAAAUUUGCCCUGCAUAAAUCAUUUUAGGCUUAUCUGCAGAUGUUUCGUUGUGGUAAUGAGGCCAGUUCUGACUAGGGGGGAAAAAAGCCUUCUGUGACAUUUUAGAAGAUCACAAAAUGUAUUUGAUUUUGGAACAACAUUGUAGCGUAUGAAAAUAUGAUUCGCAAUCUGUUGACCAAAAGAAACCAAAUUUGGACUAUAGCAUUGUUUAUCAUGAAAAGAGUCUAUUGUGAUGCAUCCUUUGUAAUAAAACAAAUAAAUACA